GCCAGAGAGGGAUGUUAAUGUUCUAUCUGUGCUGAAUGUGCUACUGUCUGGACGUUUCACUGUAUAUAACCUGUGGAUAGCUAGUGGGUAGAAGUGGUAUAGAAGACAGAGAAAGAGGCAUAGCUAAAGAGUCUAGAGUAUAUGGAAAAUAUUUUAUCGGAGAUCAUGGUUCAAGAGAUUUCCAUGAAGGAAUAGGCUAUCACUUUCGUUUUCACUUCUUUGUGUGGGGUUUUGCUGUGUUUUUUUUACUUUGUUUUUUCAUGGAUUUUUACUGUUAAUAACAAAGCUGCAGUAUAUAUUGAAUAUAUUGUAUUUUUUUCUUAUAUUUCUUCAAUGGAGUUUGCAAGUGUCCUUAAUUCUGCUGCCUUGGCUGACAUGUGAAAGUGAUUGUCAUUCUGUGAACCUUUUGAACAAUGGCUGACUCAAAGUCUAGAAGGAGCAAAAGGGAGCCUCAAUCCUCUCUCAUAUCUAACAGCGAGAUUGUUGCAUUCAAACAAAAGCUGAAAGAGGAGCGUGAGGCUAAGAGAGCUCAGCUGGAUGGCAGACAUGACUAUGUCCUCAGCAUCGUGGCUUCCUGCCUGGGCCUGGAGAAGGCUGACGUGGAGGAUGCCAUUCUGGAGGGAACUCAGAUUGAGCGCAUGGAGCAGUUCUUUGUGGCUGAGGGACUUCCUCAUAUCAUGUUCUACUAUCAGGAUGUGGAGCCAGCUGAAGCAGCAGCAGCAUCAGCAGCAGCAGCUGUCUUGGCCCCCAACCGGAGUAAGAAGGCCAAGGUGUUUGUCACUGAGGGCAAAGAUGUGGCUCUGACUGGUGUCUGUGUGUUCUUCACAAGAGCCAACCCCUCAAAGGCUAUCACCUCUGAGAAUGUGCACAGGGAGGUGAAUUUCAACAUGUUGGACACCACAGAGGUAGGCCUGCUUAAAAGUGUGGAGCAGCUGCUGUCUGAGAUCUUCAUACCCAGCCUGAAGAAGAUGAACCAUGGCUGGGGAGAGCUGGCCAGUCCACAGGCCCAGUCAGUUAAACAGGACUUCAUCAGCUCACUGGACAGCUUUGUGUCUGUGCUGGCUGGGGCGCAGGAGAGCCUGCAGGAGAAGGUGAAUCUAAAAGUGUGUGACGAAUUUGACCUGAAGACACUGAAAGGCCCGUCUGACUACAUUGCUGUGGCUAACAGCACAGAGGCAACAGAGAAGAUAGAGGCCUGUAUGAAAGUGUGGAUCAAACAGAUUGAACAGGUGCUGGCUGAGAGUGACCAGCUGAGGAAGGAGGCAGAUGACCUGGGGCCGCGGGCCGAGCUGGACCACUGGAAGAAACGCAUGUCCCGCUUCAACUACCUCCUGGACCAGCUCAAGAGCCCCGAUGUCAAGGCUGUCCUGGGCGUUCUCAUGAUGGCCAAGUCAAAACUCAUCAAGUCCUGGCGAGAGCUGGACACCAGGAUCACUGACUCAGCCAACGAGGCCAAGGACAAUGUGAAGUACCUCUACACUCUGGAGAAGUUCUGUGACCCGCUCUACAACAGUGACCCUGUGUCGAUGGUAGAGGCCAUUCCAGGCCUGAUCAACGCCAUCCGGAUGAUCCACAGUAUCUCCCGCUACUACAACACCUCAGAAAAGAUCACCUCCCUGUUUGUCAAGGUUACCAACCAGAUGAUUACAGCAUGUAAGGCUUACAUCACCAACAACGGGUCUGCGUCCAUAUGGGACCAGCCUCAGGGUGUUGUAGCUGAGAAACUGAAAGCUGCUAUCCACCUAAAUCAGGAGUACCAGAAGUGCUUCCACAAGACCAAGAAGAAGCUGGAGCAGAGUCCCUCAGAGAGGCAGUUUGAUUUCAGUGAGAUGUACAUCUUUGGGAAGUUUGAGACGUUCCAACGACGCCUCUAUAAGAUCCUCAACAUGUUCAGCACCAUCACUACCUACUCAGCCCUACAGGACUCCAAGAUAGAAGGCCUGGAAACUAUAGCAACCACGUUUCAGAGCAUUGUAUUGAGCAUGAAGAAAAAGCACUACAGUUUCCUUGAUCAGAGAAGAACAGACUUUGAUCAGGACUAUGAUGAGUUUUGUAAAAAUACCUCUGACUUGCAUAAUCAGCUGAAGACCUUCAUGGAUAACACAUUCGAUAAGAUUCAAAACACAGAGAGGGCUUUGAAUGUACUGAAGAAAUGUGAAAGACUGGGCAUUCCAGACCUGGGCAUCGAUGAGAAGUACCAGCAGAUCCUUCAGAACUAUGGGAGAGACAUAGAGAUGGUGUCCCGUAACUACACCAAGCAGAAGAUGGAUCCUCCCAUUGGCCGAGACCUGCCCCCGGUAGCCGGUAAGAUCCUGUGGGCCCGCCAGCUGUACCGGAGGAUCCAGGAACCCAUGGAUCUGUUUCAGGAACCCCCUGGGGUGCUGGCUACGCCCGAGGCCAAACGCAUCAUCAGGAACUACAACAGGGUGGCCAGGGUGCUGCUAGAGUUUGAGAUGCUCUACCACAGUGGAUGGAUGAACCAGAUCGAGGAGGUCAGACUGGGCCUCCAGGCCUCUUUACUGGUCAAAUGUCCUGAUACGGGGGACCUGUUUGUCAACUUUGACCCCCAGAUCCUGACUCAAAUUAGGGAGACAGACUGCAUGACCAGGAUGAGGCUGAAGAUUCCUCCCUUCGCAGCCAUCUUACAGCAGAAACAAGAUGCCCUCAAGAAGAACUACAACAAGCUGCAGCUGGUUCUGACGGAGAACGCCAGGGUCCGGGCUAAGAUCCAGAGUGCCUUUGGGCAACUGGUGAUGCCUCAUGUUGCUAAGGUAGACGAAGCCAUUCUGCCAGGCCUGACCUCCCUGAACUGGACCUCACUGAACAUCGAGAAAUACCUCAGCCACAUCAACAGUGCUCUCACGGACCUGGAGCUGCUGAUGGACCGAGUGAAUGACCUGGUGGAGUUCAGGAUAGACGCUGUGCUGCAGGAGAUGAGUGGAGCCACACUGUGGGUUCUGCCCCUGGAGGAACCUUUCAGCUGUGAAGAGUUCGUUCAGACCACCAGGGAGCUGUGUAUAAAGGGAGCUCAGAGUCUCCACGCCAAGAGUUCCCUGGUGGAGGAGGCAACCAACGAGCUCAUCAACAUGCUGCUGGAGUUUGAACUGAACAAGGAGGGGGAGGAGGAACUGCUAGAGCACAGCAGGACUGAUAUGGACCUAGUGGAGAGUGAAGGGGAGGAGGAGGGUAAGUCAGAGGGUCGCAUCAACCUGCUGUCUCGUAACACCACGGCGGCGAGCACCACGGGCCCCCCGUCUCCCCUGGUGAAGAGGAAGAAGAAGAGAGACCUGCUAGAGGUGAUGGAGGAGGAGGCUGAAGAGCUUCUGUCCCACUUCAACCACCGUAACGUGGACGCCCUGCUGAGGCUCACACGCAACACCCUGGAGACCCUCCGCAAACGCCUCCACGCCUCCUCACUACUGCACUUCCUGACAGAGAGUGAUUCCCCCAGCCGUCUGAAGGGCAGUGGUCAGCAGCCUAUCUUCAGGACCAGUGUGACCCUGUCCAUCCCCAACAUCGCCAUGGUCCCAGCCCUGGAUGAGGUCCAGCAGGCUCUGAACCGGGCUGUGGAGUGUGUGGUCAGUGUCAGCAAAGGAGUCGGCCAGUGGAGCAAGGAGAGGAUCUCCAAGAGGAAGAUGAGUGAGAGACACAUGGCUGCUAUGAGACAGGACAGGAAUGACAGUGAGUCAGAGGACGGAGAGACCACCUACAGGAGCCUGGCUGACGGCAGUACCUCAGACAUCUCCGCCUCUGUGAUCCAGGCUAUACCCUACCAGGCCAGGAACUACUACAAGAGUGUGUCUGAGAACAAGGAGAUCAUCAAGCUGGUGUCUGUGCUCAGCACCUCCAUCAACUCUACCAAGAAGGAGGUGAUGAAUGCUCUGGACCGCUUCAGUCGUUACCACCACAUCUGGAGGAAGGAGCGAGAGGACACCAUCCAGAAGUUCAGCCAGGGCAGCCCUCUGCUGUCUGAGUUUGAGUCUCAGAUCCUCUACUACAAAGACCUGGAGCUGGAGAUCAAUGCUGAGCCUGAGUACAUCACUGUGGGAGCUCUGGCCCUCUAUACAGCUGACCUGAAGAUGGCCCUGACUGCGGAGACUAAGAGCUGGAUGGUGGACUACGGCCUGCACUGUAACAGGAAGUACCGGACAGAUAUGGAGAGCAUCUUCACGUUAGUGGAUGAGGCGGCAAAGAAACUGAACCGACCAAUCAAAGACUUGGACGACAUCCGCAUCGCCAUGGCAUCGCUGAAGGAGAUCAGAGAGCAGCAGAUCUCCAUUGACUUCCAUGUGGGACCCAUAGAGGAGUCCUAUGCCAUGCUCCAUAAGUACGGCCUGGUAGUGGCGAAGGAGGAGGCAGAGAAGGUGGACACGCUGCGCUACACCUGGGAGAAGCUGCUGGCCCGCAGCACAGAGGUCCAGAAUGAGCUGGUGUCCCUGCAGCCCAACUUCAGAGGAGAGCUCAUAGACAACGUGCAGACAUUUGUGGAGGACUGUGGACACUUCUAUCAGGACUAUGACAAGGACGGUCCCAUGGUUGUUGGACUGGCUCCCCAAGACGCUAGUGACAGACUCAUCAUGUUCCAGAAUCGCUAUGACAACCUGUUCCGUAAGUACAUCACCUACACUGGUGGAGAGGAGCUGUUUGGCCUGCCUGUGACCCAACACCCUCAGCUGCUGGAGAUCAGGAGACAGCUCACCCUCCUCCAGAAGCUCUAUGGACUCUACAACAGUGUCAUCGACACCGUCAACGGCUACUAUGACAUCCUCUGGGCCGACAUCCACAUAGACAGGAUCAAUAACGAACUUCUUGACUUACAGACGCGUUGUCGCAAGCUUCCCCGUGCCCUGAAAGAGUGGAAGGCAUUCCUUGACCUGAAGAAAAGUAUAGAUGAUUUCAACGAGUGUUGCCCCCUACUGGAACUGAUGACCAACAAGGCCAUGAUGACGCGUCACUGGAAGAGAAUCGCCGAGGUGACAGGACACAGCUUCGAAGUGGAGACGGACACUUUCAAGCUGCGCAACAUCAUGGAAGCUCCGCUCCUCAGAUGCAAAGAGGAAAUUGAGGAUAUUUGCAUCGGUGCAGUGAAGGAGAGGGACAUUGAGCAGAAGCUGAAGCAGGUGAUUGCUGAGUGGGACAACAAGACAUUCACCUUCGCCAACUUCAAGACGCGAGGGGAGCUGCUGCAGAGGGGCGACAGCACCGCUGAGAUCGUUACUAACAUGGAGGACAGCCUCAUGGUGCUGGGAUCGCUCAUGAGCAACAGGUACAACACGCCAUUCAAGGCCCAGAUCCAGAAAUGGGUUCAGAACCUUUCCAAUACCACUGACAUCAUAGAGAACUGGAUGACUGUCCAGAACCUGUGGAUCUACCUCGAGGCUGUGUUCGUGGGAGGGGACAUAGCCAAACAGCUACCCAAGGAGGCGAAACGUUUCUCCAACAUCGACAAGUCCUGGGUGAAGAUCAUGACGCGGGCCCAUGAGAUGCCCAACGUGGUGCAGUCAUGUGUGGGGGACGAGACCAUGGGACAGCUGUUGCCUCACUUACUGGAACAACUGGAGAUCUGUCAGAAGUCUCUCACUGGGUACUUGGAGAAGAAGCGUCUGCUGUUCCCUCGGUUCUUUUUUGUGUCUGACCCGGCACUGCUGGAGAUACUGGGCCAAGCCUCGGACUCCCACACCAUCCAGGCCCACCUGCUCAAUGUCUUUGACAACAUUAAAUGUGUCCGCUUCCAUGACAAAAUGUACGACCGGAUCCUGGCCAUCUCGUCCAGGGAGGGGGAGACGGUAGAGCUGGAUCGGCCGGUGACGGCUGAGGGGAACGUGGAGGUCUGGCUCAAUGCCCUGCUGAAGGAAUCCCAGAGGUCUCUUCACCUGGUCAUCAGACAGGCUGUCCUGGCCAUCCAGGACUCAGGCUUCCAGCUCAUUGAGUUCCUGGACACUUUCCCUGCUCAGGUUGGUCUGCUGGGAGUCCAGAUGAUCUGGACCAGAGACUCAGAGGAGGCCCUGACCAACGCCCGCUACGACCGUAAGAUCAUGCCCAAGACCAACCAGUUCUUCCUGGAGCUUCUCAACACCCUGAUAGACAUGACCACUAAAGACCUGGCCUCAAUGGAGCGGGCCAAGUAUGAGACACUCAUAACCAUCCAUGUACACCAGAGGGACAUCUUUGAUGACCUGUGUCGGCUGCAUAUCAAAAGCCCUACAGACUUUGAGUGGCUGAAGCAGUGUCGUUUCUACUUCAAUGAGGAUUCUGACAAGAUGAUCAUCAACAUCACUGACGUUGGCUUCAUCUAUCAGAAUGAGUUCCUGGGCUGCACUGACAGACUGGUCAUCACCCCUCUGACUGACAGGUGCUACAUCACACUGGCCCAGGCUCUGGGGAUGAGUAUGGGAGGAGCUCCGGCCGGCCCUGCAGGGACAGGGAAGACUGAGACCACUAAAGACAUGGGCCGCUGCCUGGGGAAGUACGUGGUGGUCUUCAACUGCUCCGACCAGAUGGACUUCAGAGGACUGGGGAGGAUCUUUAAAGGCCUAGCCCAGUCGGGCUCUUGGGGCUGUUUCGAUGAGUUCAACCGUAUCGACCUAUCAGUUCUCUCCGUGGCGGCCCAGCAGAUCGCCAUCGUGCUUACCUGCAAGAAGGACCGCCGCAAGAACUUCAUCUUCACUGACGGAGACAACGUGGAAAUGAAUCCCGAAUUCGGCAUCUUCCUUACUAUGAACCCGGGCUACGCAGGUCGUCAGGAGCUUCCAGAGAACCUGAAGAUCAACUUCCGCUCGGUGGCCAUGAUGGUCCCAGACCGUCAGAUCAUCAUCCGGGUCAAGCUGGCCAGCUGUGGCUUCAUAGACAACAUAGAGCUAGCCAGGAAGUUCUUCACCCUCUACAAACUGUGUGAGGAGCAGCUCUCCAAGCAGGUGCAUUAUGACUUUGGACUGCGAAACAUUUUGUCAGUUCUGCGGACACUGGGGGCGGUGAAACGAGCGAACCCCAACGACACAGAAUCUACCAUCGUCAUGAGGGUUCUCAGAGAUAUGAACCUGUCCAAGCUGAUAGAUGAAGAUGAGCCGUUGUUCCUCAGCCUGAUAGAGGACCUCUUCCCUGGGAUCCAGCUGGAUAAAGCAGGCUACUCAGAGCUGGAGACAGCUAUCAACAAACAGGUGGCAGAGGCAGGUCUGAUCAGCCACCCUCCAUGGAAGCUGAAGGUGAUUCAGCUGUUUGAGACCCAGAGGGUCCGCCAUGGUAUGAUGGCCCUGGGGCCCAGCGGAGCAGGAAAAACCACCUGCAUUCACACCCUGAUGAGAGCCAUGACAGACUGCAGCCAGCCACACAGAGAGAUGCGUAUGAACCCCAAAGCGAUCACCGCCCCUCAGAUGUUUGGCCGUCUAGAUGUAUCUACCAAUGACUGGACCGACGGCAUCUUCUCUACCCUGUGGAGGAAGACCCUGAGAGCCAAGAAAGGGGAGCACAUCUGGAUAGUACUAGAUGGACCAGUAGAUGCUAUCUGGAUAGAGAACCUCAACUCUGUACUGGAUGACAACAGGACUCUGACCCUGGCCAAUGGAGACAGGAUCCCCAUGGCCCCCAACUGCAAGAUCGUGUUUGAGCCCCACAACAUCGACAACGCCUCGCCUGCCACCGUGUCUCGUAACGGAAUGGUGUUCAUGAGCUCUUCUGUGCUCAACUGGAGCCCCAUUCUGGAGGGCUGGCUGAAGAAGCGUUCCCGUCAGGAGGGAGAGGUGCUGAGAGAGCUGUUCUCCUCUUCCUUCCCAGAGCUCUACCGGUUCACUGUUCGCUGUCUGGAGUACAAGAUCGACAUGCUGGAGGCCUUCGUCAUCAUGCAGAGCAUCAACAUGCUGCAGGGCCUCAUCCCCGCCAAGGAGCAGUGUGGGGAGGUGUCCAGGCAGCAUGUGGAGCGUCUCUAUGUGUUUGCUCUCAUGUGGAGCAUUGGAGCUUUACUGGAGCUGGAAGACAGGAGGAAGAUGGAGAGCUGGCUCCGUGGCAACGACAACAUCCAUCUGGACCUCCCAGAUAUACCAUCAGACAGCGAGGACACCAUGUUCGACUACCACGUCACUACAGACGGUCACUGGGUCCACUGGAACACACGGGUGGAGGAGUACGUCUACCCAUCAGACCUCACCCCAGAGUACGGAUCCAUCCUGGUCCCCAACGUAGACAAUGUGCGCACUGACUUCCUCAUCCAGACCAUCGCCAAACAGGGCAAGGCUGUGUUGUUGAUCGGAGAGCAAGGCACAGCCAAGACCGUCAUCAUCAAGGGAUACAUGUCAAAGUACGACCCCGAAACUCACAUGGCCAAGAGUCUCAACUUUUCCUCCGCCACAACUCCACUCAUGUUCCAGCGGACUGUGGAAAGCUAUGUGGACAAGCGGAUGGGCACCACCUACGGCCCUCCUGCAGGGAAGAAGAUGUCCGUCUUUGUGGACGACAUUAACAUGCCAGUCAUCAACGAAUGGGGAGAUCAGGUCACCAAUGAGAUAGUCCGCCAGCUGAUGGAACAGAACGGGUUCUUCAAUCUGGAGAAGCCGGGGGAGUUCACCAAUAUAGUGGACAUCCAGUUCCUUGCAGCGAUGAUCCACCCAGGGGGAGGCCGCAACGACAUCCCACAGAGACUGAAGAGGCAGUUCUCCAUCUUCAACUGCACCCUGCCCUCCAACGCAUCCAUCGACAAGAUAUUUGGAGUCAUCGGGACAGGACACUACUGUGCCCGGCGAGGCUUCACAGAAGACGUGCGUGGAACUGUGACCAAGCUGGUGCCGAUGACCCGUCGGCUGUGGCAAAUGACCAAGGUCAAGAUGCUGCCCACUCCGGCCAAGUUCCACUACAUCUUCAACCUCAGAGACUUGUCCAGAGUCUGGCAGGGCAUGCUCAACCCAAACGCUGAGUUGGUCAACUCUCUUACUGUGUUGCUUCAGCUGUGGAAGCAUGAGUGUAAGCGUGUGAUCGCGGACCGGUUCACCAUGCCAGAAGAUGUAGCCUGGUUCGACAGGGCCCUGGCCAAGCUAGUAGAGGAGGAGCUAGGAGAGGAAGAGCGGGCUGUGGUCGACUUCGGAGUAGACGGCUACUUUGUUGACUUCCUAAGAGAUGCUCCUGAAGCUACAGGUGAGGAGCCAGAGGAUACAGACUUUGAGAUGCCCAAGGUGUACGAGCCCAUCGAGUCGCUUGAGAGCCUGAUGGACAGGCUCAACAUGUUCCUUGGCCAGUACAACGAGAGCAUCAGAGGAGCUGGCAUGGACAUGGUGUUCUUCAGAGAUGCUAUGAUACACCUUGUCAAGAUCUCCAGGAUCAUCCGCACCCCCAGAGGGAAUGCCCUUCUAGUAGGAGUGGGGGGAUCAGGCAAGCAGAGCCUGACUAAACUGGCUUCCUUCAUCGCCGGCUACAAGACCUUUCAGAUCACACUAACACGUUCGUACAACACUGCUAACCUGAUGGAGGAUCUGAAGGGUCUGUACAGGACAGCAGGCCAGCAGGGAAAAGGCAUCAGCUUCAUCUUCACUGACAACGAGAUCAAGGACGAGUCUUUCCUGGAGUACAUGAAUAAUGUGUUAUCAUCAGGAGAGGUGUCGAACUUGUUUGCUCGAGACGAAAUUGACGAGAUCAUCAGUGACCUCAUUUCAGUCAUGAAAAGAGAGUUUCCUCGGCGACCACCGACCAAUGAGAACCUCCAUGACUACUUUAUGAGCAGGGUCAGACAGAACCUACACGUGGUUCUCUGCUUCUCUCCUGUUGGGGAAAAGUUCCGGAACAGAGCCCUGAAGUUCCCUGCCCUCAUCUCCGGCUGCACCAUGGACUGGUUCAGCCGCUGGCCCAAAGAUGCUCUGAUCGCAGGUGUGUGUGUGUAUGUGUGUGUCCGUUUAAUAAUGAUUUGUUUCAAUCUCCAAUCUGUUUACUCUCCAGUGUCAGAGCACUUCCUGUCCACCUAUGACAUUGACUGUUCGACCGAGGUGAAGGGGGAGGUGGUGCAGUGUAUGGGCUCCUUCCAGGACGGCGUGGCAGAGAAGUGUGUAGAUUACUUCCAGCGGUACCGCCGCGCCACGCACAUCACUCCCAAGUCCUACCUCUCCUUCAUCCAGGGAUACAAGACCAUCUAUAAGGAGAAGCACUCCGAGGUGCAGACACUGGCACACAGGAUGAACACAGGUCUUCAGAAGCUGAAGGAGGCCUCUGUGUCUGUAGCAUUACUCAGCAAAGAGCUGGAGGUCAAAGAGAAGGAGCUGCAGAUCGCCAACGAGAAGGCAGACAUGGUGUUGAAGGUGGUGACAGUGAAGGCCCAGGCAGCAGAGAAGGUCAAGGUGGAGGUCCAGAAGGUCAAGGAUAAGGCUCAGGCCAUAGUAGACAGCAUUUCUGCUGACAAGGCCUUCGCUGAGGAGAAGCUGGAGGCUGCCAAGCCAGCCCUGGAGGAGGCUGAGGGUGCACUACAGACCAUCAAGCCGUCGGACAUUGCCACGGUGCGGACUCUGGGUCGGCCUCCCCACCUCAUCAUGAGGAUCAUGGACUGUGUUCUGCUGCUGUUCCAGAGGAGGGUGAACACGGUGAAGAUCGACCCGGAGAAGAACUGCACCAUGCCCUCCUGGCAGGAGUCCCUCAAACUCAUGACUGCUGGGAACUUCCUGGGCAGUCUGCAGCAAUUCCCCAAAGAUAGUAUCAAUGAGGAGAUGGUGGAGCUACUGCUGCCCUACUUCAACAUGCCAGACUACACCCUGGAGACGGCCAAGCGCGUGUGUGGAAAUGUGGCUGGUCUGGCCUCCUGGACCAAAGCCAUGGCCUCCUUCUUCUCCAUCAACAAGGAGGUGCUCCCAUUAAAGGCUAACCUGGCAGUGCAGCAGAACCGGCUGGCCAUAGCCAACAUAGACCUGCAGACGGCCCAGGCAGAGUUGGAUGACAAGCAGGCAGAGCUGGAUGUGGUCCAAGCAGAGUAUGAGAAGGCCAUGCUGGAGAAACAGACUCUGUUGGAGGAUGCUGAACGCUGCAGACACAAGAUGCAGACGGCCUCUAGCCUCAUCAGUGGUCUGGCUGGAGAGAAGGAGCGCUGGACAGAGCAGAGCAAAGAGUUUGCCGCCCAGACCAAGCGCCUUGUAGGUGACGUCUUAUUGGCCACGGCCUUUCUGUCCUACUCCGGCCCCUUCAACCAGGAGUUCCGGAACCUUCUCCUGACCAACUGGCAGAGGGAGAUGAAGACCAGACACAUCCCGUUCGGGAACAACCUCAACCUGACCGAGAUGCUGAUCGACACACCCACGGUCAGCGAGUGGAACCUUCAGGGCCUGCCCAACGAUGACCUAUCCAUCCAGAACGGGAUCAUCAUCACCAAGGCCUCACGCUUCCCUCUCCUCAUAGACCCUCAGACCCAGGGCAAGAUCUGGAUAAAAAAUAAAGAAUCCAUGAAUGAGCUGCAGAUCACCUCCCUGAACCACAAGUACUUCAGGAACCACCUGGAGGACAGCCUGUCUCUGGGGCGCCCCCUACUGAUCGAGGACGUAGGGGAAGAGCUGGACCCGGCACUGGACAACGUACUGGAGAAAAACUUCAUCAAGACGGGCUCCACUUAUAAGGUGAAAGUGGGAGACAAGGAGGUGGAUGUGAUGAGGGGGUUCCGUCUUUAUGUGACGACCAAGCUCCCCAACCCAGCGUACACCCCAGAGAUCAGCGCCCGCACCUCCAUCAUAGACUUCACUGUCACCAUGAGGGGUCUGGAGGACCAGCUGCUAGGACGGGUCAUCCUCACUGAGAAACAGGAGUUGGAGAAGGAGCGCACAGACCUGCUGGAAGAUGUAACGGCCAACAAGAGGAAGAUGAAAGAGCUGGAGGACAACCUACUGUAUCGUCUGACCUCUACCCAGGGUUCCCUGGUGGACGACGAGAGCCUCAUCAUCGUCCUGGGCAACACCAAGCGCACCGCCGAGGACGUCACACAGAAACUACAGAUCUCAGCCGAGACCGAGAUCCAGAUCAACACCGCGAGAGAGGAGUACAGACCUGUGGCCACCAGAGGCAGCAUCCUGUACUUCCUCAUCACUGAGAUGUCCAUGGUUAACGUCAUGUACCAAACGUCACUACGACAGUUCUUGGGAAUCUUUGACCUCUCUCUGGCCAGAUCAACCAAAAGUCCAAUUACCAGCAAGCGAAUAGCGAACAUCAUUGAGCACAUGACCUUUGAGGUGCACAAGUAUGCAGCCAGGGGUCUGUAUGAGGAGCACAAAUUCCUGUUUACCCUCCUGCUGACGCUGAAGAUCGACAUGCAGAGUAACCGUGUGAAACACGCAGAGUUUCUUACCCUCAUUAAAGGAGGUGCCUCACUGGAUCUGAAGGCUUGCCCCCAUAAGCCUGCCAAGUGGAUCUUAGACAUGACUUGGCUCAAUCUGGUGGAGCUCAGUAAACUGUGGCAGUUCUCGAAUAUCCUUAAUCAGAUCUGUUGUAAUGAGAAGCAGUGGAAGGCAUGGUUUGAUAAGGAGGCCCCUGAGGAGGAGGUGAUCCCUAAUGCCUAUGACCAGACCCUGGACUGUUUCCACCGCCUGCUGCUCAUACGCUCCUGGUGCCCAGACAGGACCAUCGCACAGGCCCGUAAGUACAUCAUGGACUCGAUGGGAGAGAAGUAUGCAGAGGGAGUGAUCCUGGACCUGGAGAAGACGUGGGAGGAGUCAGACCCCCGGACCCCGCUCAUCUGCUUCCUGUCCAUGGGCUCAGACCCCACCGACUCCAUCAUCGUCCUGGGGAAGAGGCUGAAGAUAGAGACGCGCUAUGUCUCCAUGGGCCAGGGACAGGAGGUCCACGCACGCAAGCUGCUCCAGCAGACCAUGGCCAACGGUGGCUGGGCCUUGCUCCAGAACUGCCACCUGGGCCUGGACUUCAUGGAUGAGCUGAUGGAUACUGUGACAGAGACAGACGCCGUCCAUGAGACCUUCCGCCUGUGGAUUACUACAGAGGUCCACAAACACUUCCCCAUCACACUGCUGCAGAUGUCCAACAAGUUCACUAAUGAGCCUCCACAGGGACUGAAGGCAGGGCUGAAGAGGACUUAUGGAGGCAUUAACCAGGACCUGCUGGAUGUCAGUAACAUGGUCCAGUGGAGGCCCAUGCUGUACGGGGUGGUGUUCCUCCACUCUACGGUCCAGGAGAGGCGUAAAUUCGGCCCCCUGGGCUGGAACAUCCCCUACGAGUUCAACCAGGCUGACUUCAACGCCACCGUGCAGUUUGUUCAGAACCACCUGGACGACAUGGACAUCAAGAAGGGUGUAUCCUGGAACACAGUGUGCUACAUGAUCGGGGAGAUCCAGUAUGGCGGUAGGGUGACAGACGAUUAUGACAAGCGUCUGCUCAACACCUUCGCCAAGGUCUGGUUCAGUGAAAACAUGUUUGGACCUGACUUCUAUUUCUACAAAGGCUACCGCAUUCCCAAGUGUACCAACGUGGACCAAUAUCUGACAUACAUUCAGGGCCUACCGGCUUACGACACUCCAGAGGUGUUUGGCCUGCACCCCAAUGCUGACAUAACGUACCAGAGCAAGCUGGCCAAAGACGUCCUGGACACCAUCCUGUCCAUCCAGCCUAAGGACAGCUCCAGUGGCGGAGGGGAGACCAGGGAGGCCAUUGUGGCCAGACUGGCUGACGACAUGCUGGAGAAACUACCUCCAGACUACGUACCGUUUGAAGUGAGAGAGAGGCUACAGAAGAUGGGUCUGCUUCAGCCCAUGAACAUCUUCCUGCGUCAGGAGAUAGACCGCAUGCAGAGGGUCAUCGUGCUGGUCAGGAACACGCUGACUGACCUCAAACUGGCCAUCGACGGCACCAUCAUCAUGAGUGAGAACCUACGAGACGCGCUGGAUUGCAUGUAUGAUGCACGCAUCCCCUCGCGUUGGAAGAAGGCGUCAUGGGCCUCCAGCACUCUAGGGUUCUGGUUUACUGAGUUGCUGGAUAGGAACCGUCAGUUCCAGGCGUGGAUCUUUGAAGGACGGCCCAACUGUUUCUGGAUGACAGGGUUCUUUAACCCACAGGGCUUCCUGACCGCCAUGAGACAGGAGAUCACUCGUGCAAACAAGGGCUGGGCCCUAGACCGUAUGGUGCUAUGCAACGAGGUGACCAAGUGGAUGAAGGAUGACAUCACUCAGCCGCCCUCUGAGGGGGUGUAUGUGUACGGCCUCUAUCUGGAGGGGGCCGGCUGGGACAGGAGGAACUGCAAACUCAUCGACUCUAAACCCAAAGUGUUGUUUGAGAUGAUGCCUGUAGUCAGGAUGUAUGCUGAAAAUAAUAGUGUCAAGGAUGCCCGGUUAUACUCCUGUCCCAUAUAUAAGAUGCCUGUAAGGAUGGACCUGAAUUACAUUGCUACUGUGGAACUGAAGACUGCUCCACCGCCUGAGUACUGGAUACUACGUGGUGUGGCACUGCUGUGUGAAGUCAAAUAACCCACUUCUAUAUUGUAUAAUAAUGUGGCUGGAGAAAUGUAACCUUUAAGGAUUAAAUGAGGGAAGUGUCUUCAUUUAGAUUAUAGUGGUAAGCUUCUGUAAUAACAAAGUUGCACCUAUCACUGGGUUGCAAGAAUAAUAGAAAAAUAAAGUUGCACGCACUAUCUAUACCCCCAAUUACUGAACGUCUGAACUAUUUUGGGUGUGCAUUUACUUAUUUAUUUUACUUGAAGGAAUAAUUCUAAAUGUCCUUAUUUUUGUACUCACCAUAAUAUGGUUGUUACUAGACUAAUAUGCAUUGGUAGAUGCUGUAUUGCUGCAUCUUUGUACUGUACCUGUUAAUUAAGAACAUUUUCAUAUUUCAGUCAUAGAUUUAGAAUUCUGAGACAGAAAAUAAAUUAUAAAUGUAACAUAUGAAUAUAAAAACGCAACAAAAGCAGUAUAAAAAAUAUAAAUCAGAAUGAUAAAAGCAAGAGAGCACCAGCACAUCUACAUAUCAACAUGUAGAUUAUCCCACUGUCUUAUCUUCCUAAAUAUGUUACAUAAUAAAAUAAAAGAAUACUAUUGAAACACGAUAUCCCAAGUAUAAAUACAGAAAAG